GGACGCAUCAAGGCUAUCCUCAGUGCCAACUCAGACGCGACAUCGACAGUGGAGAGUGUUGCAUUUGACAUCGACUUCAAGACCAAGGUUACUCGCUUGGAAUUUGAGGACGCCUGUAAAGACCUUCAUUCGCGCUUUGCAAGACCCAUCUAUGAUGCAUUUGCGAAUGCUGAGCUUUCAUUGGCAAAUAUCUCAUCCGUUAUCUUAACAGGCGGAAAUUCACGCACGCCCAUGGUCCAGACCGCUGUAAAAGCAGCUUUUACAUGUUUUAUCGGAGAUCGCAUUGCACUCAAUGUCAAUGCUGAUGAAUCCGCCGUGCUUGGCGCAGCGCUUUAUGGAGCUUCCCUCUCUCGUCAAUUCAAGACCAAGGACAUUCGUGUAACUGAUGUCUUGAUGCAUGACAUCCAGGCGUCGUAUCUCGCGUCUAAUCCGGGCACGCGAACGAUUCACACGACAGUCUUACCUGCUGGGUCGAGGCAUGGUGCAAGAAAGACUCUAACGUUCAAGCGUAAAGAAGAUUUUUCUGUGAUACUGAACUAUCCCAAUGAAGUCAUGUCUGGUUUCCCCCGCGAGAUCCUCGAGGCAAAGAUUGUUGGCAUUCCCGAGGCCAUUGAUAAUCUUACUGAACACGGAGCAGUAGAUCCGGUGAUCAAGGCUACUGUUGUGCUUUCCGAAUCCGGCUUUGUGUCUGUCGGAGACGCCAUAGCCUGCGGCGAGAUUAAAGACGAUUCCAUCACUGGGAAACUGAAAGGCCUAUUUGGAGGUGGGGGUGACCAGGUACCAUUAGAGACUGGCGUUGAUGAAGGAGCCCCAAAGGACGAGAAGAUGGAGAAGGAUAAGAAAGAUAAAGCCAAGAAGCCGCUUGGGAAGGACCAAAAUACUAUUCCACUUGAGAUCGAAAUUGUGUACAAUUCCCAAGGCCCACUGAGUCUUGUGGCGAAACGGACUGCACGUGAACGUCUCAGGGCACUAGACAACAUGGAGAUGUCAAGGCAACUUCGGGAAGAAGCGCAUAAUACUCUCGAAGGAUACCUGUAUAAGCUACGGGAUCUCUUGGACGAUGAUCCAGAAACGCCAUUCAUGAAAUGCUCUCAGUCGUCUGAAAGACAAAUGCUUUCGAAUGAACUCUCGGAGACCAUUGCAUGGCUACAUGACGAAGGAGAUACCGCCGAUACAGUACAGCUAUGGGAGAAGCGAUCGGUUCUGGAGACUCUGGAGAAACCAAUGGUACACCGCUACAAGGAGAUCGAGUCUUUCCCACAGGCACUGAAUAACUCACAAAAGUGGAAUUGGAGUACUAGAUUAUUCCUUACCCAAGCAAGGGAGAACAUCACGGCAGACGCCAUCGCAGGUGUUCCUAGCUGA